CUCCAAAGUCCUUUAUGAAAAGGCAGAAUUGAAAGGAGUUUUAAAAUAACUUCUGCUCAAGACACAAGUUCAGUGGAGCAACAUUAAAACAUCUUCAUCAUCAUUAUUCAUGCUGUGAAUCUGUGAAAGGCGAUGGCGUCUGUUAAACAUCUGCUUGAGAGAUCACUGAAUGAACUGAAAAACCCUGAACUGAAGAAAUUUCAGUGGCACUUAAAGAAUGAUAAGCAUGUGUCAGAGUCUGAAAUGGAGAAUGCAGAUAGGUUAGACACAGUGGAUAAGAUGGUAGCAUGUUUUGGACAUGAAGAAGCUGUGAAGAUCACGGUGGACUUCCUGAGGAAGAUGAACCAGAAUAAUCUGGCUGAGCAGCUGGAGAAGAAUCACAAGCAAGCAGGUCGGGCUGAAGGCAAUAUAAAGAAAUCCACAGCUGUUGGAGCUCAUUCCAAAAUGAUAUGGGGCUCAGCUGCUCGGGCUGCUCUCCAUGAUUACACAGAGACCAACCUCAGACUGAAGAACAAAUUACAAAAGGAGUACAAGCGGAUAUUGGUUGGUAAUUCACAGACAGGUCAUCGGGAAUACCUGAACGAUAUCUACACUAAUUUACAUGUGGUGGAGAAUGACACUGGAGGAAGAGUGGAUGACCAUGAGGUGAUACAGAUCGAAUCAAAUCGCAACCGAUUGACUGCAAAGGAGAAGCCAGUUGAUUGUAAUGAAAUGUUUAAAGUACAGUGUGGCACAGGGCGAGAAAACAGAACAGUACUGACAAUGGGGAUUGCAGGAGUGGGAAAAACGGUCUCCGUCAAUAAAUUCAUCCUUGACUGGGCUGAAGGAACAAAAAAUCAGAAUAUAGUCUUCAUAUUUCCACUUCCAUUCCGUGAAUUGAAUUUGGUUAAAGAAGAGUACAGUCUCAUGGGACUACUUCACAAAUACUUCUUUAGUCCUAAAGAACUGCCCUCUCUUCCUGAAGGUGAUGGUAAGGUUUUGUUUAUCUUUGAUGGGCUGGAUGAAUGUCGCUUCCCUUUGAGCUUUAAAGAGGAUGACAGAUUUACAAAUGUAAAUGAAAAAACAACAGUUAGUAAGAUAAUAACAAACCUUAUCAAGACACAUCUGGUUCCAGCUGCUUUCAUCUGGAUCACAUCUAGACCAGCAGCCACCAGUCUGAUACCCCGAGAAUACAUUGAUCAAGUGACAGAGAUGCGAGGGUUUAACGAUCAGCAGAAAGAUCAAUACUUCAGAAAUAACUGUAAUCCAGAGGUUUCUGAAAACAUUAUCUGUCAUAUCAAGAAAUUCAGGAGUCUGUACAUCAUGUGCCACAUCCCAGUCUUCUGCUGGAUCUCUCUGACUGUUCUUCAGCCUCUGCUGGCUCAAGAGAGCAAUGAUAAAACACCAACUACUCUCACAGGGAUGUACAUAAACUUCUUAAUUUCUCAGCAGCAACAGAUGGGAAAAAAAUACUGUGAUGACCCUCAAACAAAAGCCAAUGCAAGGUCUUUUGAUGAGAUUAUUCUGAAGCUUGGGAAACUGGCCUUUGAACAGCUUGAGAAAGGAAACCUGAUUUUCUACAAAGAAGAUCUUGAGGAAUGUGGGCUAGAUGUCAGUGAAGGGACAGUGUACUCUGGGUUAUGCACUCAAAUAUUUCAAGAACAAAAGGCAAGAAAUGUUUACAGCUUUGUACAUCUCAGUGUCCAGGAGUUCCUUGCUGCUCUCUAUGUGUUUUUGAAGGGCACAGAUGAGAAAGCUGACAUAUUUAAUCAGUCCUGGAGUGAUAAACUGACAUGGAAACUGUCCGAAAAGCCACUGUUUCAGCUUCAUAAAGCUGUAGUCAACAAGGCUUUAAAAAGCAAGAACGGACACCUGGACCUUUUACUUCGGUUCCUUCUGGGUCUCUCACUGGAGACAAAUCAGAGCGACCUGAAGGAACUACUCCCAGAACUAAAACUCAAAACAGAGAACAUUAAAGACACUGCUGACUAUAUCAGAAAGAAAAUAGAAAAGGAAAAAUCAGUAGAGAGGACCAUCAAUCUCUUACACUGUCUAAGUGAACUGAAAGAUAACUUUGUAGAGGAAAUCCAGAAGAAACUGAGCUCAGGAAAUCUUUCAGCACAGAAUCUCUCCUCUGCUCAGUGGUCUGGUCUGAUGUUUGUGCUCCUCAUGUCAGAAGAGACUCAAGAGAUGUUUGAACUGCAGAAAUACAGAAGAUCUGAUAAAGCACUGAUGAGACUCCAACCAGUGAUCAAAAACACCAGAAGAGCACUGUAAGUGUCUCCUCUACAUUCAUUUAUAUACAGCAGGGAUGGGCAAUUUUAAUAGUGAUGAGGCCCAAUAUUUUUUCUCCUUCACACCAAGGGGCCAGAUAAUGAAU